AUGGAAAACGUGCUCGAUUUCUCAAAAGACCUGGAUAUAAAUGCACUAGACCAAGUGGUAGACACGUUCUACAAGGGCUCUGGUGCGCAGCAGAAGCAGGCACAGGAGGUCUUGACCAAGUUCCAAGAUCAUCCGGACUCUUGGCAGCGGGCAGACCAGAUUUUGCAGUUUUCGCAGAAUCCACAGACCAAGUUCAUCGGUCUUUCUAUCCUUGACAAGCUCAUUACGACUAAGUGGAAGAUGUUGCCACCCGAGCACCGCGUGGGUAUAAGAAACUUCAUUGUUGGUAUGAUCAUCUCGCUAUGCCAGGACGACGCGGUGUUCCAAACUCAGAAAAAUCUGAUCAAUAAAUCAGACCUAACUUUAGUGCAAAUUUUGAAGCAAGAGUGGCCUCAAAACUGGCCUGACUUCAUCCCAGAACUGGUACAGAGUUCACAAUCAUCUGUUAACGUGUGCGAGAACAACAUGGUCAUCUUAAAAUUGCUGUCAGAAGAGGUUUUUGAUUUCUCAGCAGAGCAGAUGACUCAGGCUAAGGCCUUGCAUUUGAAGACUUCCAUGUCGAAGGAGUUUGAGCAAAUUUUUAAACUGUGCUUCCAGGUUUUGGAGUCAGGAUCCUCGACGACUUUGGUCGUUGCGGCCUUAGAAUCCUUGCUUAGAUACUUACACUGGAUUCCAUAUUACUACAUUUACAGCACGAACUUGUUGGAUUUAUUGAGCACCAAAUUCUUGGUGUCCCCUGACACCAGAGCUGUCACAUUAAAAUGUCUCACGGAAGUAUCGAAUCUUGACAUUCCUCAAAACGACCCCAAGAUUGCCGAACAAACGGUUCUAUUUUUCCAAAACACUCUUCAACAGAUUGCAAACAAUGUCAUAGCAGUUAAUGCGGAUUUAAAGGCGACUUACACCAAUGCCAGUGGCAAAGAUCAAUCCUUUUUACAAGAUUUUGCCAUGCUUUUAACGACCUAUCUUGCACACCAUCGGACACUUUUGGAAAGCGACGAGAGACUUCAAGAGCUUUUAUUGACAGCACACCAAUACUUAAUUCAAUUGUCCAAGAUUGAUGAAAGAGAAUUAUUCAAAACGACGCUAGACUACUGGCAUAACUUAGUGGCUAGUCUUUUCCAAGAAGUUCAGCAAGUUCCUGUUCCUAAAUUGAACCCACUACUACAACUAACGGUUGGCGGUGCCCCAAAUCCACAAUACCUAAAGAAAUUCCCUCUUAGAAAGCAUAUUUACGAUAACAUAUGCUCUCAAUUGAGAUGGGUAAUAAUCGAGUCAAUGGUCAGACCUGAAGAAGUUCUAAUUGUUGAAAACGAUGAGGGUGAAAUUGUGAGAGAGUUUGUGAAGGAAUCUGACACCAUUCAGUUAUACAAGUCUGAGAGAGAAGUUCUUGUCUAUUUAACUCAUUUGGAUGUUGUAGACACAGAAGAGAUCAUGAUUAACAAAUUGGCCAGACAGAUAGAUGGGUCUGAGUGGUCUUGGCAUAACAUUAAUACAUUGUGCUGGGCCAUCGGUUCUAUUUCUGGUACAAUGAGCGAAGAAACAGAGAAACGGUUCGUCGUUACCGUUAUCAAGGACCUUCUGGCCCUUACCGAAAAGAAGCGUGGGAAGGAUAAUAAAGCUGUUGUGGCCUCUAAUAUAAUGUACGUUGUUGGCCAAUACCCUCGUUUCCUCAAAGCACACUGGAAGUUUUUGAAAACAGUCAUUUUAAAAUUAUUCGAAUUCAUGCAUGAAACUCACGAGGGUGUCCAAGAUAUGGCUUGUGAUACUUUUAUCAAGAUUGUACGUAAGUGUAAGCACCACUUUGUCGUACAACAACCAAACGAGCAAGAGCCAUUUAUUCAUACAAUCAUCAGAGAUAUCCAAAGCACUACGGCUGAUCUUCAACCACAACAAGUCCACACGUUUUACAAAGCUUGUGGCAUUAUUAUUUCUGAUGAGAGAAAUAAGGGUGAGAGGGACAGGUUACUGGCUGAACUCAUGCAACUUCCUAACAUGGCAUGGGAUGCAAUUGUCGAGCAGUCAUCCGCUAAUCCAGACUUACUUUUAGAUUCCGAUACUGUUAAGAUCAUAGCAAAUAUUUUGAAGACAAAUGUUGCUGUUUGCUCCACCAUGGGUGCUGAUUUUUACCCUCAGUUGGGUCAUAUUUACUACAACAUGCUACAACUUUACAGGGCAGUAUCAUCUAUGAUCUCGUUGCAAGUCGCUAACGAUGGCCUAAUUGCAACGAAAACUCCAAAAGUUCGUGGAUUGAGAACCAUCAAGAAGGAAGUUUUGAAACUAGUCGAGUUUUAUAUCUCUCACGCGAAGAACCUGGAUGAAGUUGUCAAAGUUCUGGUAGAGCCUCUCUUGAAUGCCGUCCUUGAAGAUUACAUGAAUAAUGUUCCUGAUGCUAGAGAUGCUGAAGUUCUAAAUUGUAUGACCACUGUUGUUCAUAAGGUUGGGCACAUGAUCCCCGAUGGGGUCAUAUUGAUUUUGCAAAGUGUUUUCGAAUGCACCUUAGAUAUGAUUAACAAGGAUUUCACUGAGUACCCAGAGCACCGUGUUGAAUUUUACAGGCUGUUGAAAGAAAUUAAUAGCAAAUCUUUUAAUGCUCUGCUGAAAUUACCUCCAGCUGCAUUUAAACUAUUCAUCGAUGCCAUUUGUUGGGCUUUUAAGCACAAUAAUAGGGACGUUGAAGUCAAUGGAUUACAAAUUGCUCUAGAUUUGACCAAGAACAUUGAAAGUAUGGGUGCUGUUCCCUUCGCAAAUGCAUUUUACGAAAACUUCUUUUUCACUUUUAUCAGCGAGACCUUUUUUGUAUUGACAGAUUCUGAUCACAAGUCCGGAUUUUCUAAGCAAUCUAUGCUACUAAUGAAGCUAAUAUCCUUAGUUGAAGAAAAUAAGAUAGCAGUCCCUGUUUAUAAACCAGGAGAAGCUCCAGAGGGUACUAGUAAUCAAAUAUACUUAGCCAACUACAUGGCCAACAUGUUGAGUAAUGCAUUUCCCCACUUGAGCCAGGAGCAAGUUACAAGUUUUGUUAGUGCCUUGAUCAAGCAAUAUAAAGACCCAAGCAGGUUUUAUGGAACUUUAAGAGACUUUUUGGUUCAAAUCAAGGAGUUUGGUGGCGAUCCAACCGACUACUUGUAUGCAGAAGACAAGGAAAGAGCUUUAGAAGAGAAAAACAAACUUGAAAGAGAAAGAGCCGCGAAAAUCGGUGGUUUGUUGAAGCCUUCUGAAUUAGAGGAUUGA